AACUCAGACAGCGCCACAGCACACGAGACUCUCCUCAUUUCUCCGCCACGUGUCCCCUCACCCUCCUCCAUUUCAAAACUUGAAAUCCCACCACUUCACUCCUCACUCUUCUUCUUCCUCCUCCUUCAAUCUUCAUCCUCUCACAAACCCUAGCAGAGAUGAAGCCCUCAUCCCGCUACAGCUCCUACGACGCGCGCUCCUCCACCUCCUCCUCCGCCGAGUUCAAGCCCAACCACCCCACCUCCUCCUCACGCGCCCUCGUCAAAUCCAAGCCCUCGCCGGACCCCAACCUCACCACCAUGGUCAGAAAGUUCAUGGAGAAGCGCUCCUCCUCCUCCUCCUCAAAGCCCAAGCCGGUUACCGGGAUGGUGGUUCCGUCCGAUGUAAUCUCCGACGGCCUCAAAAAGACUGCCAAAAACGGCUCCAACUUCGCCUCGCUGCACCGCAAGCUGUUUGGGAAGGCCGCCGGAUCGGCGGACAAGAAGAAGGAGGUGAAGGCUUUGACCGAGGUCAAAGGGAACACGAGGACGUUGGCCAUGGUGUUGAGAAGUGAGAGAGAGCUUCUCAGUUUGAACAAGAAUCAAGAAUCGGAAAUCGCUGAGCUCAAAUUGAUGCUUCAAGACAAGAACAGAGAAGUGGACAAAUUGAAGGACUUGUGCUUGAAACAAAGGGAGGAGAUCAAAUCGUUGAAGAGCACGAUUUUGUUCCCGGAUGUUAUGAAUUCUGAGCUUCAAGAGCUGCUAGAGAAGCAAGGCUCAGAGCUGAAGCAAGCCAAACAAGUAAUCCCAAAUCUUCAAAGGCAGGUCACUUCUCUCACUGGCCAGCUCCAAUGCCUUGCAGUGGAUCUUGCUGAGAUGAAAGCAGACCAACAUUCAGUGAGGGCAUGUUUUCAAAGUGAUGACAGUAUUCCCAGAACUCCAACUUAUCAUUGCAAAGAGUCUUCAAACUCUCUGGAGAUCAGCUCUGGUGAUCCAACCAGUCCUGGUAGUCCAGACGACAUGUUCCUAAAGGACUUAAAUCCAUGCUUAACACCCUUCUGUGCUAAAUCAAAGUCCAAGGAAUUUGAUGAGAUGGGUUACUACUCUCCACAUGGACAGGAUGAAAGCUUAUCGAAUAACAACGUAGAGUUUGGAUUUAAUUAUUGUGCGAGGAAGUUGACCAGAAGUUCUGACUGUUGCCAGAGAUCUGAAACAGAAAGCAGAACAGCUCAUGCAAAUUGGAGAUCUGGUGAUGCGCAACGAACAUAUGGCAAUCGAACCCACCGUAAUUAUUUUUAGAUCAGUUGGUAUCUGUUUCUUCAUAUUAGUCACUGUUUUUCCCUUAUCACCAUAAUCACAAACACACGAUAUACUGAUAAAGUGCUGAAAGUCCAUCAUUUACAGCGGAAGAGUGUAUGGUUGAGGAGAUGAAGUUACUGGUUAGUGCUUCUACAUGGUGCACCUGAAAAACAUGAAUAAUAUUUGUUACUUACCUUGUU